AUGGACAGUCGGGGCAGGAACGUAGUGCUGUGUGACAAGGGCACUGGGUUUGUGAAGUGUGGAUAUGCAGGCCCUACUUUUCCAGCACAGAUCUUCCCAGCUUUGGUUGGAAGACCUAUUAUCAGAUCAACCACUAAAGCAGGAAACACUGAAAUCAAGGCUCUAAUGGUUGCACAGAAUUGGGAUGACAUGAAACAUGUGUGGGACUAUACAUUUGGACCAGAGAAACUUAACAUAGACACCAGAAAUUGUAAGAUCUUACUUACAGAACCUCCUGUGAACCCAACAGAAAACAGAGUGAUUGUAGAGGUAAUGUUCAAAACUUACCAGUCUCCUGGGGUGUAUGUAGCCAUCCAGGCAGUUCUGACUUUGUAUGCCCAAGGUUUAUUGGCUGGUGUAGUGGUGGACUCUGGAGAUGGUAUAACUCACGUUUGCCCAGUACAUGAAGGGUUUUCUCUCCCUCACCUCACCAGGAGACUGGAUAUUGCUGGGAGGGAUAUUACCAGAUAGCUUAUCAAGUUGUUUCUGCUGUGAGGAUAUGCCUUCAAGCAUUCUGCUGAGUUUGAAAAAUUGUGUUCCUUUGGAUAUAAUAUUGAGCAAGAGCAGAAACUGGCCUUAGAAACCACAGUAUUAGUUGAAUCUUAUACACUCCCAGAUGGACACGUUAUCAGAGUUGGAGGAGAGAGGUUUGAAGCCCCAGAAGAUUUACUUCAGCCUCAUUUGAUCAAUGUUGAAGGAGUUUGUGUCGCUGAAUUGCUUUUUAGCACAGGAAUAAUCAACCUGUGUGUCCAGCUGCCCGCUGGCCAUCUUCCCUUGAAUGACUCUCAUGCGCUCAACAUGUCUGAGGCUGCAUUCAUCAUCUUCCCCACAUCUGGGUCCUCCAUUAGCGCGGGGAACGGUGUGUCAUCAGUGCACUUGUCUGGGACAGAAGCUGAUACGUAUUCCUGA